AUGCGCGCCGCCGUGUAUUCCAAUGGUGACAACGAAUUUGUCAUCCAGGACGUCGCCGUUCCAACCCCUGGACCAAGCGAAGUCUUACUUCAAAUUGCGGCCGCGGGCGUGUGCCACUCGGACACGUUCAUCCUUUCCGACGACAUCCCAGACUCCCGCACGUAUGUCGCUGGGCACGAGAACGUCGGCUACGCCAUCCUACUGGGCUCAGACGUAGUCGGCAUCGACAUUGGCAAAUUGUACGCCAUCUGGGCCAUCGUGCCACAUGGGCCCAACCCGCUGCCUGGCCUUCCGGAGUUCACUGAUAGCAUCGGGCUCGGGUUGAACGGCGGUUUUGCCGAGUACAUCACCGUGGACGCGAGCAACCUUGUCCCUGUCCCCGAUGGACUCGCCCCCGAGAUCGCCGCCUGCGCGGCGGACUCGCUCAUAACCGUCUACAACGCAAUGCACAACCUCGCCCAGCUCCGCCCGGGCACCACCAAGCGCGUGCUCGUCUACGGCGUGGGCGGCCUCGGCCACCAGGCCGUGCAGCUCGCCGGCGCGUACGGCGCGACCCCCGCCGCGCGCGCGCUCGCGCUGCGGCUCGGCGCCACCCAGGCCUUCCACCCGUCCGAGCUCGAGGCCAGGUUCGCGGCACAGCCCGUGGGCGCCGCGGGCCGCUUCGGGGUCGACGUCGUGUUCGACUUCGUGUCGUGCGCGCAGUCAUUCGCGCUCGCGCAAGAGGCGGUGAAGAACGUCGGAAUCAGCAGCGUCGGGCCGCCCGGGGUGAUUGUCAUUGUCGGGGUGUCGGGCGAGACGUUCACGUUCAGCCCUGCGACACUUCUUCUCUUUCGGACGCAUGUGCUGACGUCGCUGUAUGGCUCUAAGAGCGACCUCGCAGCGUCCCUGGAGCUGUUGAAGAAGGGUACCAUUACCCCCGUGGUGACGACCGAGCAGCUAGAGAACACCGACAAGGUCAUCGAGGAGCUCCGUGCAUCCAAGGUGGUGGGGAGGAAGGUCAUUGUGCCGAUGCGCAACAAUUAG